AUGGCAGUAGGAGGUUUCGAGAUGGAGCUUUUAAUGACAAAGCUCGAUUACUUGCAAGACAAACUACAAGAGGUGGAGAGUUCGCUGAAGGACGCGGAGCAUCGUCUACACGAGAAGCUAACCAAACACGAAAAUGAUAUUAACGAAAAGAUCGAUUCUUUGAAAAAGAUUGUUAAGACAAGUGAAGAGAAAACACGGACCAACUUAGAAGAAGUGAAGAAUCAGGUGAUUUCCAAGAUGGACAAUAUGCAGCUACAGCUGUCGACUGAAACAAAAACCAUCCAGGAAAAGACCCAAACUGAGCUGAAGCAACUUGGAGAGAACAAAAAAACUCUUGACAUCUUGACACAUUCGGUACGAAAUAUGAGUACGCUGACGGAAAAAAGCAAUAAGAUACUCGAGGUUUACUUAUUAUAUGCUGGUUCUUCAUGUCGUCAUGUGAGUAAACUAUCCCACCGACACAUGAUCCAUGUAGCGGAAAAUUCAGAACCAUUUGAGGUACUUUGCGAACAAACUAAGUUCGGAGGUGGCUGGACAGUAAUCCAGCACAGGUUCAACGGCUCAGUUGACUUUUAUAGAAACUGGACGGAGUAUCGUAAUGGAUUCGGGGAUGUUGAUGGCGAGUUCUGGCUCGGGCUAGAAUACGUGCAUCAAAUUACCAAAAACCGACCGCAUGAACUGCUGGUGGAGGUGAAAGAUUUCCAUGGAAACUACGGAUACGCUAAGUAUGAUGAGUUUGAGAUAGGGGACAAAUCGGAGUUGUAUGUGUUGAAGAAGUUAGGGACAUACUCAGGGUCAGCAGGAGAUUCGAUGACUUACCACAAGAAUCAAAAGUUUAGCACAUUCGAUCGUGAUAAUGACUUAGCUCCUCAUAAUUGUGCUGGAUCACAUCACGGAGCCUGGUGGUACAACAAGUGCCACAGUUCUAAUUUAAACGGGCGUUAUCAGAACACAACAAAUGAUUAUAGUGCGAUGAUGUGGCACCGUUUCAAAGACGACAGGCGUGGUUUGUCUUACUCACGAAUGAUGAUUCGCGGUAUUAUUAAUUAA